AUGACUUCUUCCAUUGAGACCAAGACGAAUGAUGGGCCGCAGCCGGAGGGCGCUGAGGAGAAGAAUGGCCAGAUUCUGGAGUUGAGCGAGUCUUACACCGAAGAAGAGGAGAAGGCGGUUCUGAGAAAGAUUGACUGCACUAUUCUGCCUAUGAUGUGUGUGGUCUUCUUCCUGCAGUACCUGGACAAGCAAAGUCUCAGUUAUGCAAGCGUCUUCGGCCUGAUUACGGACUUGAACAUGACCAGCACGCAGUAUUCUUGGUGCUCAUCUAUCUUCUACGUCGGCCAAUUGGUGUCUGAAUAUCCAUUCAUCUACCUCAUGAGCAGGCUGCAUUUGACCAAGUUCGUCGGAGUCACCGUAGUCAUCUGGGGCAUUGUCUGCAUGUGCCUCGCCGCUCCGCAGAACUACUCCGGCUUCGCCGCCGUCCGCUUCCUCCUCGGCUUCGCAGAGGGCGCCGUCUCGCCCGCCUUCAUCACCAUCACCAGCAUCUGGUACCGCAAGAACGAGCACGCCCUGCGCACCGCUCUCUGGAUCACCAUGAACGGCCUCGCCCAGAUCUGCGGUUGCCUCCUGAUGUACGGCAUCGCCAAGAACACAGCCCUCUCCCUCGCGCCCUGGCGCACCCUCUUCCUCGUCUGCGGCGCCAUCACCUCCGCCUCGGGCGUGAUGUUCUACCUCUUCAUGCCCAACGGCCCGAAGGACGCGUGGUUCCUCACCCCGCGCCAGAAGCAGGUGCUUUCCAUGCGCAUGGCCAAAGACCGCGAGGGCGGCGAUAAGACGUCGUUCUCGCUGAGACAGCUCAAGGAGGCGAUGUUGGAUAUUAAGACGUGGUUUGUGUUCUGGUUUGGUGUUUUGGUGACGAUGCAGUCGCCCGUCUUGACGUUUGCGUCCUUGGUCAUCAACACCAUCGGCUACAACAAAUACGAAACCAUGCUCUACACCGCCCCCUCCGGCGCCGUCCAGAUCGGCAUGCUAUGGAUCGGAGUCUGCGGCUGCAUGAUGUUCCCCAAACACCGCACCCUCGUCGCCCUCGUGCUCAUCCUGCCCCCAUUGGCAGGCAACAUCCUCCUCCUGAAGCUGUCCACCGACGCCGGCUGGGGCAUGAUCGGAGCCUCCUGGCUGGCAUCCUGCAUCACCGCCGUUUGGUCGAUCCUCCUCUCCCUCACGGCCUCCAACGUCAAGGGCAACACGAAGCGCGCCAUCGUCAACGCGAUGUUCUUCAUCGGCUACUGCGCGGGCUGCAUCGGCGCGCCGCAGCUGUGGACGGAGAAGCCGCGCUACUUCAAGGGCGUGGUCACGGCUAUUGUGACAUGGUGUUUGCUGUUCACUGUCAUUGUGGCAUACCGGUGGCUUUGUUCGAGGGACAAUGCUGAGAGGGAGGCGGCGGCGAGCAGCGGCCAGGGUGCGGAGUAUUCUGAGGAUGUUGUGUUGGAUGAUGCGGGUGCGCCGGUGAAUGAUCUGACUGACAAGGAGGAUAGACAGUUUAGAUACAGCAUCUGA